GGGCGGGGCCUCCAGGGACGGCUAGGCCCGCCUCCUCGCCACUCAGUUCGGCCUGGCGAGUUACGCGAAGCCGAGGCUCUGCGGCCUAGGCACGGAAAAGAGCGAUGCUGAGGGUGAAAAUCCUUUUCGUGGGCCCCAGCGAGGCUGGGAAAUCCGUCUUGGCAAACUUCCUGUCCGAAAGCACAGAGGGAAUUGGCAGUUACAUCCCGACACAAGGAGUGAGGAUUCUUGAAUUCGAGAAGCCACAUCUCAACGGGAACAGCAAAGGAGCAGGAUGUCGGUUUGAGCUGUGGGACUGCAGUGGCGAUCAAAAGUUCGAGACUUGCUGGCCGGCUCUGACAAAGGAUUCCCAUGGGGCGGUCAUUGUCUUUAACCCGGAUCUGCCCAGCCACGUGAAGGAGAUCGAGAUGUGGCACUCCUGCUUUGUCCAGCAGCAGCAGCUGCUCGACAGCCAGUGCCUCCUCAUCGCCCACCACAAGCCUGGCUCCUCGGGAGACACCGAAGACCUCCACUUGCCUCCUCCGCUGAACCGGCUGCAGCUGAUCCAUUCCUCCCUCGAAGAAGACCCCGAGGACGUCCGGAUGGAGUUCAUCAAGUAUCUCAAGAAAAUCACUAACUUGGUGAAUGAGAAUCGAGACAGAGAGGAGAUGUCCAUCAUCGCUUAAAAGCAGGAGAACUAUAGUGGACAGGUGAAAAAAGGACACUUUUUUGUUUCCAAAUUUCCUGUUUUCAGCAACUUCACCAGUGACUUUUUUUAUCUUUUUUGACGGACCAUCCAGGUGCUCUCCUGUUCAAUAAAACUGAAGUUGUGA